GCUAGUUGCUAGCUAGGCUUGGGCAGCGGGAGUGAGUCUCCUGCGCGGCCAGCAUUGCUCACAGAGCCCCACGCUAGUUUUCUUGCAAUAACCCAACGCUCUGCUAGUAAAACGCAUCGCUACGCAAUGUCGAGGCAGCUGCAGCGGCUGCUCCCGGCCGCCGCCAGGCGCCGGCACGCCGUCGCCUGGCGUUUGGCCUCGUCAACUGCAACGACUGAGCGCGACGACGCAGCGAAGCGCUCUUUCGCUAGUCGUCUCAAGGACGUCGGCGUCGGCUUCGCCGCAAACGCGAGCCGGAGCAAGGAGGAGAAGCAGAUCAACUUGGGCAAGGCGAUGACAGGCGGCCUGCCGGACUUUGUGGAAGAGUGGACGCCCGACCUUUUCCGGAAGGUCGGCAAGGGUCUGGGCGUCGCGGCGGUCGCGAGCUGGCCGCUCGCGUUCCACCACGACAUCUCCCUGCUCGUGCCGCUGUUAGCGAGCGGCGCGACGGUGGGCUACUGGAAGAUCGGAUUGGACGACCUGAAGCAGACGUCGUCGGCGCUCCCGAAGAACUUCCCCGUGCUCAUUCACCUGCGCUACAUCCUCGAGUCGAUCCGGCCGGAGAUCCAGCAGUACUUUAUUGAAGCGGACGAGUCGCAGGGCCAGGUGCCCUUCACGCGGGCCAUGCGCAGCACGAUCUACCAGCGCGCCAAGGGCGCGCAGGACACGCGCGCGCUGGGCACGCGGCGCAACGUCUAUGGCGAGGGCUUCGAGUGGGCGAACCACUCCAUGUUCCCCGUGUCCCACGCGGACGUCGAGGACCGCGUGACGAUCGGCGGGUCGCGGUGCGCGCAGCCCUACUCGGCGUCGCUACUCAACAUCUCGGCGAUGUCGUUCGGGGCCCUGUCGGCGAACGCGAUCGAGGCCUUGAAUCGCGGGGCCGCGCGGGGCGGCUUCUACCACAACACGGGCGAGGGGGGCAUUUCCCGCUUUCAUCUGUCGGGCGGCGACGUCGUCUGGAACGUGGGGACGGGCUACUUCGGCUGCGGCAAGACGAUCGACGACAAGGGCACGCGCGCCUUCUGCCCCGACCAGUUCAAGGAGAACGCCACGAAGGAACAGGUCAAGAUGAUCGAGAUCAAGCUGAGCCAGGGCGCCAAGCCCGCGCAUGGUGGUAUCUUACCUGCCGCAAAAAUUACGUCGUUGAUCGCGGAAGCGAGAGGCCUAGGUGAGGGGCCCUGGCUCACUGAUUGCGCGUCGCCGCCGCGCCACUCGGCCUUCGGGUCGCCGGCGGAGUUGAUCCAGUUCGUGCAGCAGCUCCGAGAGCUGUCGGGCGGCAAGCCCAUCGGCUUCAAGCUCUGCGUGGGCCAGCCCCACGAGUUCGCGGCGCUGUGCCACGCCAUGCUCGACGCGAACGUCGCGCCGGACUUCGUCACGGUCGACGGCACGGAGGGCGGCACGGGCGCCGCGCCCCCAGAAUUCCAGGACUCGAUCGGCAUGCCGCUCGCCGAGGGUCUGAGGAUUGUGGACGGCUUCCUGACGGGCGCCGGCCUACGGGACGAAGUGAAGGUCAUCGCCGCGGGCAAGAUCUACAACGGCUUCUCGUUAGUCAGAACGCUUGCUUUAGGUGCCGAUGCCACAAACUGCGCGCGCGGCAUGAUGUUCGCUUUAGGGUGCAUCCAGGCCCUGAAGUGCAACACGAACAAGUGCCCGACGGGAAUCGCGACCCAGGACGCGGCCCUGUCGUCCUCGCUCCACGUGCCGACGAAGGAGGUGCGCGUCGCGAACUUCCACCGGGCGACGGUCCACGCCGCGCGCGAGAUCAUCGGCGCCGUCGGCGUGAAGCGCGGGCGCGACGUGAGCCAGGACCACAUCUUCAAGCGGCGCGACGGCGUCCAGGUGCGGUCGCUCUCCGAGGUCCACACGAACUACUUCGCGAAGCUCAAGGCCGGCCAGCUCCUCACGGAGGAGGGCCUCGCCGAGACGUCGCCGAUCAUGCGCCGCUGGUGGCGCGACGGCUACGACGCGCAUACCGCGUCGCAGGACCGCGCGAUGGCGGCGUAAAUUAGCUCUUACUUUC